GCCCUCCCCCCCGCCGUGCUGCCGUGCUCGGUGUGUGGAGCGGAGUGCAGGCGGAGCGGAGAGCACCGGAGGAGGGAAUGGGACCGCGGCUGCCGAGCUUGUGUCGCUGUCAGGGGGGUUGAAGCCGGAGUGAUCGCAGCAGAGGAGGGGAGGGAGGCCCGGGUCCUCCGCUCUCAACACAGCGACAUUUAAAUCACAAUUGAAGCCGGUUUGAGGGGGAAGAGGCUCGGCUGUCUGCGCUGCGCUGCGGGGGAUGUGCGCACACAAUGGGAGACGACGCACUGGCACCGUCCGGGACGCGGCUCUAGAAUAAUAUUUACCCCUCCGUUUUGUUUGUAAUGGAGACGCGGAUCCCGGAGCAGGAUCCAGAGCUGUCUGCGGGACUCACGGUGGAGGACUCCCGGUGCUAGAGACUUCGUCAGUCCGGGCAGGAAAAGUGCUUUUUCAGGCCGGGGGUCGCAUCAGUGUUCCGGACAGAGCGCUGCAGAGAGCCCGAGGAGAGCGGCGGAGGACGCGCUGCUCUGCCUGUUUGUUGCAUUUGUUGCCAGUUUAAAUUCCGCUGGGAUGAAACCGGAAUGUGUUUCCUGCGUCAAAGUCCGCGCUGUUUGCACAUCUGGAUCUUUUCUCUGCUGCUGCUGAACCAGUUUAACGUUGAUGUUGGAGUUUAAUCCAGAGGUUAGUUGGCAGAGAACACCAGCAGCAAUCUGAAUCUGCAUUUACAGUAUAUGAUACAGAUGUUCUAGAGAAGUGGAGGGUCUGUGAUUGUUUAGUAAAGUUCAUCAGCCCAGGUCGAGGUUUCUGCAGACACAGAUGUACCUUCUGGACAGUCACUGCUCUGAAAGGAUGGAGAGGGGCACGCCUCAGAGGAAGACCGUGUACCGCAUCUCCCUCACCUUGGUGAAGAGGGAGAGUUUGGAUGAUGGGGGAGGAGGGUCGGGCCCCCGCCGAGCGGAGAACCCCAAGGUGGGCUCCUUCAGGCGGGAGGGCUCGGUGGAGCUCCAGCGUGGCGGCCUGCUGGAGCAGCUGAAGGAGGUGGAGGACGAGUCGGACGAGUUCUCAUCGUCACACGGCUACAUGAGGAACUUCAGGACGUUCAGCACGGGGCAGCUGGAGCUGGGGAGGCUGAAGAUAUCCAGGAAACAUCAGCUACAGAAGGAGCUGAAGGAGCAGGCCACCAGCCCUGUGGCAGAACAUGGCAAAGAGGCGCCCGAGAGCGUUUCCCCUCAGAGUCAGGAGGACUCUCAGAGCGAGAGCGGGCAGCAGGAAGCAGAGGAUUCACUCAGACCUCAGGAGGAGAUUUGCUCGGAAGCUCCACAGACAGACGCUGCGGUGGAGAACGGCAGCGUCACCAAGAGGAAGAGACUCCUGAAAGCCAAGAGCAUGGAGGAGAGGAGCUCUGAUCCUCCUCCGAACGCUGAGGGGAAGAUGCCCCACUCCAAAAGUAACGGCAAAGCAGCCAAAGUUUCCUCUCCUGACACCCCUCCCCUGAAGCGGCCGCCCGGCCUGCUGCGCCGCAGCUUCAGCUUCAGGCACUGGACGGGCGGCGAGCUGCUGCGACUGCGGGCGCUCUCCAAAGACAAACACCACAGCAGCUCCGGCUGCAUCAGCCGAGACGCCGGGCCGGACGAAGGCGAGAAGGACCCGGAGCCGGCUGUUGUGCUCCCAGCUUCCCGCCACAGCGACCUGACCAGGGAGAAGAGCAGGACUCUGGAGGUCGGGGCCGUCCUCAACAAGACGGACUCCAUGUCUGAGCUGAGCCGCUGGGAGAGAGCGCGAGGCAACAAGAACCGGACGCUGGACAACAGCGACCUGCUGCGGCUGUCGGCCGAGAAGGACGGAUCGGGAGGGGGGUUCCUGCUGCGGGGAGGGGGAGGUCGCUCCAGCGAGAGGCGUCUGGUUCGCUUCUUCAGCGGGAUCUUCUCCAGGAGGGACGGGGCGUCCACAUCCACACCGGUGGGAAGCCCCAGCACCAACCGAUCCCUCCGGCGGAGCAGGAGGACGGCGCUGUCACAGUCCAGCACGGAGAGCAUGAACGGAGGAAGCACUGACGAUGCGUUCGUGAACAGUCAGGAGUGGACGCUGAGUCGAAUGGUACCAGAACUGAAAGUGGGCAUUGUGGGUAACCUGGCCAGCGGUAAGUCGGCGCUGGUCCACAGGUACCUGACGGGGACGUACGUCCAGGAGGAGUCACCUGAAGCUGACGUGGACGCAGGCGGUCGCUUUAAGAAGGAGAUCGUGGUCGACGGUCAGAGUCACCUGCUGCUCAUCAGAGAUGAAGGCGGCCCCCCGGAGGCUCAGUUCGCCCUGUGGGUGGACGCUGUGAUCUUCGUCUUCAGCCUGGAGGACGAGAUCAGCUUCCAGACGGUUUAUCACUACUUCAGCCGCCUCGCCAACUACAGGAACGCCGCCGACCUGCCGCUGGUGCUGGUGGGCACGCAAGACGCCAUCAGCUCAGCCAACCCCAGAGUGAUCGACGACAGCCGCGCCAGAAAACUCUCCAACGACCUCAAACGCUGCACCUACUACGAAACCUGCGCCACCUACGGCCUCAACGUGGAGAGGGUCUUCCAGGACGUCGCCCAGAAGAUCGUGGCCACCAGGAAGAAGCAGCAGCUGUCCAUCGGCCCGUGCAAGUCGCUCCCCAACUCUCCGAGCCACUCGUCCGUCUGCUCCACGCAAGUGUCGGCCGUCCACAUCAGCCAGACGAGUAACGGCGGCGGCAGUUUGAGCGACUACUCGUCGUCGGUGCCGUCCACGCCCAGCACCAGCCAGAAGGAGCUCCGCAUCGACGUACCGCAGACCACCAACACGCCCACGCCCGUCCGAAAGCAGUCCAAACGCCGCUCCAACCUCUUCACCUCGAGGAAGGCGAGCGAGCCGGACAAGGACAAGAAAGGCCUGGAGGCUCGAGCCGACAGCAUCGGCAGCGGGCGGGCCAUCCCCAUCAAACAGGGCAUGCUGCUGAAGAGAAGCGGCAAAUCCCUCAACAAGGAGUGGAAGAAGAAGUACGUGACGCUGUGUGACAACGGACUGCUCACCUACCACCCCAGCCUGCAUGACUACAUGCAGAACGUCCACGGGAAGGAGAUCGACCUGCUGAGGACCACGGUGAAGGUGCCGGGGAAGAGGCCGCCUCGCGCCGUGUCCACCUGCGCCGCCGUGCCGAGUCCCAAAACCAACGGCCUGACGAAGGACAUGAGCAGCCUGCAGCUGGGACAGACUCCAGGUUCGGUGACCAGUAGCUCGUCGGUGUCUCAGAUGGCGAGCGGCGUCAGCCUGGUGUCCUUCAACAGCCGCGGCAUGGAGGGGAUGCACCAGCGCUCGUACUCCGUCUCCAGCGCCGACCAGUGGACCGACGCCACCGUCAUCGCCAACUCUGGAGUCAGCACCGACACGGGCCUGGGAGACUCGGUCUGCUCCAGUCCCAGUAUCUCCAGCACCACCAGUCCCAAGAUGGAGCCGCCGCCGUCGCCGCACGCCAACCGCAAGAAGCACCGGCGGAAGAAGAGCACCAGCAACUUCAAGGCUGACGGCCUCUCUGGUACUGCAGAAGAACAAGAGGAGAACUUUGAGUUCACCAUCGUGUCGCUGACGGGGCAGACGUGGCAUUUCGAGGCCACGUCAUACGAGGAGCGAGACGCCUGGGUCCAGGUCAUCGAGAGCCAGAUCCUGGCCAGUCUGCAGUCCUGCGAGAGCAGCAAGAACAAGUCUCGUCUGACCAGUCAGACGGAGGCGAUGGCUCUGCAGUCCAUCAGGGGUAUCCGUGGAAACGGCCACUGCGCCGACUGUGAAGCUCAGAACCCGGACUGGGCGAGUCUCAACCUCGGCGCCCUGAUCUGCAUCGAGUGCUCGGGCAUCCACAGGAACCUGGGCACCCACUUGUCCAGGGUCCGCUCCCUGGACCUGGACGAGUGGCCGCUGGAGCUCAUCAGGGUCAUGUCGGCCAUCGGCAACGAGCUCGCCAACAGCGUGUGGGAGGCCAACGCUCAGGGACGCCUCAAACCGGGACCAGACGCCAGCAGGGAGGAGAGGGAGCGCUGGAUCCGGGCGAAGUACGAGCAGCGUCUGUUCGUGGCGUCGCUGCCCUGCACCGACCUCUCUCUGGGCCAGCAGCUGCUGAGGGCGACGGCCGAGGAGGACCUGCGCGCCGUCGUCCUGCUGCUCGCCCACGGGUCCCGCCAGCAGGUCAACGAGACGUGCGGAGAAGGAGACGGACGCAACGCGCUGCACCUGGCCAGCCGCAAGGGCAACGUGGUCAUCACACAGCUGCUCAUCUGGUACGGCGUGGAUCUGAUGGCGAGGGACGCCCACGGUAACAGCGCGAUGGCGUACGCUCGGCAGGCCAACAGUCAGGAGUGUGUGGACACGCUGGCUCAGUACGGCUGUCCCGACGAGCGCUUCCCGCUCAUGGCCACGCCCAACCUGUCGCGCCGCAACACCAACCGCAACAACAGCUGCAGCAGCGCCGGGAGCACCGCGCUCAUAUGACCACGAUUUAUAACCAUGUGACUCUCUACGGGAAACGAACACAGAGAAUCCUGACCUUUUAUUUUGGGAACCACUACCUGUUGUGACUCUUAAGCCCCGCCCACUUCACCCGACAACCACCACUGCCGUCGACGGCUCGUUAGGACUAAAACUGAUCACGGGUCAGUGGUGACGCUGCGUCCACGUGUCUGUUUGGGAGAGCCCUCGACAGGACAAAAAAAACACCCAAAGCAUGCUGGGAAAUGUGGUCCACAAUCAUCCGAGCUCGGUUCGUCAUCAAGAGACAUUCAUGGCUCAUCAGAGCCUUUUGGGAAAUAAUCACAUGACUGAUGACGGCCAAUCAGGGCACAGUCUGAAGCUCGACGGACAUCAUACCUCAUCAUUUAACACUACACGGCCAGUUCCCGCUCAAACUCAAAGAAACUCCUCGAAGGACUCGUCCAGCAUCACUCUGCUUUUCACCCAACAACCAAUCAGAAUCCACGCCCCCUUUCCUUUCCCGCCAAAACAUGUCUUCUUCCGUCUGAACAGGAAACGAGAUAAAGAAACUGUGAGAAUGAAAAUAUCAUGAGGGGGCGGGUCUUCACAUCCUCAGACCACGCCCACAAACACAACUGCUUUUCCAGGAAGCCCUUUGAUCAUCAUCAUCAUCAUCAUCGCUCCGAGUCACCGGAGGACUCCUCCCCCUCCGACCCUCGCUGCAGCCUCAGUGUUUCACCUGCUCUCACCUGGAUUCCUUUUUCUUUGAUGAAUUCUGUGAACUCUCCCGCCUUCACACGCUUUUAAUGUGAAAAUAUCUCGGUGUAAAAGAAACAGAUUUCAGAUCAGUUCUUAGCGGUAACAGAAGUGUGAUAGAUCGCAUGUCCUAGACACUUGUUUUUGCUUUUUUUUUUUCUAUUUUAAUUUAAGGCGUUUUCCUGGAUUGUGUAUAUUGGAUGUGCAUUGCUGGACCAAUGGUUAAAACACAGGGAAGGGGAUUUUUGUUUUCAGGUGUAUAAAGUCAUUAAAUGUACAGAAGCUCUUCCAGGCUCAGGGACCGGAGACUGUCGAUCGUAAACACCCCGUCAUCUUUUCCCUGUCGGGCCUUCAGGAGUUUGGGUUUGAACUGUUUCUACUUCACUCAGUUCAGCAUUUAAUCAAAUUUAAACCCCACAACAAUUUCAAAAAUGAGUAAAGUGAAAGACUUUGUAGGUAAUUCUGUAGCAGGUUGUCGGACUGGACGAUAUGAUAAGAAAUCCAGCAAAUAAAUAUAAAUAUUAAAAACAGGAACUGAUGAUUUUGUGGUUAGAAAUUGACCUGAGAGAUGAAUCAGUUCUCAGAGCAGCUACGUAUUCGCCGUCUGUUGAUUCUGAUUUUCCACAGAUUUCUCUCUGAAUCGACUGAACUGAAAACAUCUUAAACCCAAACCUGAUUUAGAUCCUGGUCGUAAACAUUCGAUGUAAAGUUUCCCUGAAUCUUUGUUGUUAUAACUUGUACGAAUGGAAGAGACAAGAAGCAGCUAAGAAGCAAAACAGUCACACGGAGCAAAAAGGGAAUCGAUCUGCUUCUCCUCGUUCAGGUGUUCAGUUUUUAAUGAGCUCGCUUUAUAUAAUCUGCUGUUAACGAAUCAGUGAUGAUGAGACGAGCUACAAACUCUAAACCUCUCUUCAGAAUCAGGAACCUGAGACGUGAACGUGACACAAGAACCGAGAUCAACGUGUAAAGAUUUAUCUGUAAUGAUCUCUGAACGAGAUCACAGGGAGUUCCCUCCCAUUACCCUCAGCCUUUCAUCUGUCUCGUCCAAUCAGACGCUCUGCCUGAUCUGCUCAGCGAAUCACUAAGAAGGGCUUCUUCUUCUUCUUCUUCUUCUUCUUCUUCUUUAGUGUGGAAACCUAUUGUAAAUAAUCUUCUCUCUCUCUCUUUCGACGGGGACGUGGUGUAAAUUAGAGAACACGAGAUGAGCUGACUGUGUGUCGGGUCGCAGAGUGGAGGUGAUCCGUUUUAAAGUCAGGAAGAAGUCACCUCCACGUUGACUGAAUGUCGUGUGUUUUGGCUCAGUGUCGCGCUGAUCCACCAGGCCAGGAGGUUUAACAGGUAACCAGGAGUCUGAGCCACUGGUCCCCAACCUGGAGAAACCCUGGAUGUAUGAAACGUGUCCAAGAGUCCAGAUGAGAUCAAGCCGUGUCCAAAUUCAAAUAAGUCUGAGUGGAUACUGAGUCUUAACAGGGUCGAGUUAAAAUGUGACUCACGACUGAGACCAAAUAACCACGAGAGAAAGUCCAGACCAAAACAGUCUAAACGGUUCCUGUGAAAUGUUCUUCACACUGUCUUAGUAAAAGUCAAGUUUGAACCUGACACACCUGAAGUUGUGACCGAGCAGCUGGGUGUCAGGUUUUAUUUCAACCACAAGGACAAAUGUGAAUUUAGGUCACGGCCACAGAGACGCGUCUUCAGGUUGGGAACCAGCGGUUUAAAGAUCCACUUGGAACGAAUCAUGAAUGUUGUUAAUUCAAGUUAAUUUCAGGUUUGAUGUCUCUUCCACACCUCCGUCAGCCUGGUGACGUCGGCGUAGAUCGGACCGAGCGUCUCUGAUCAGGACUGUCGGGGAAGAAGCUCCGUCACCUCCACGUGCGUGAUGAUUUAUUUCAGCUCUGCUCUUCGUCCUCGCCCUCUUCACUGUUUCGUCCUCAGACUUUCACAGAGACGUUUUUCCGCAGAGGUUGAGGAGCGGCUCUCAGCCCGACUGUGUAUGGAAGCAAUAUCCACAAACUCAUCGUCACUGUCGCGUCGUCACUUCAUCCAACCACAAACGCUCUGUUUGUGGAAAUGUAAGAAAUAUUUAAAAGAAAAGAAAACACUAAAACUUUCCUCCUUAUGCCAUUUUUUUUUUUUUUACACAUUGCGCCUUUAUGUUUCUAAUUUCGUCCAACCCUUUUCUAAACGUGCCACGCCCCCAUUACUUCCCCCACCAGUCAUCUCAAAGAUGGCGUUAGAUCCUGGCGUUGGAUCCCCGUUAAUACUAAACCAGGGGGUGAACUUGUGUUUUUAUUUUGUGUUUUUAUAAUUGACUCGUCCCGUGUCUGUCCUGAAGCAGGACAGAAAGACAGGGCAAAGAUGUCCUUUUAUUUAUGACAGAAAUGCACUAAAUCUGAUUCAGUCCGUCUUAAGCCCGACUCUUUCCACUACAGCUUCCUUUUUCUCUUAUUUUGGCAUUUUUCUCAGCGGUGGCAGCUUCUGGCGGUUUCCUCUAAACUCAUUUGUGCUCUCACUUUAGUUUAAACAUUUGAGAAACAUUUAUUUAAGUUCACAGGAGCAGAGAAAGUUUGAUGGGAUCUACUUUUAAAUUAUUGUAGCCACCAAAAUAAUCUGUCACAGGAUUUCAACAUGCAACAAACAGUUCAGAUUUCAAAGUAAAAUGACAUUUAUUCAACUCAACAGGAGCAUGAAAAGCUCGGUGCUGUCUCCUUUUAAAUGCUAACUGGCACAGAAGUAAAGCUAACCCUCACUGCUAGCUAUUAGCCCGGUAGCAUGGCAGCUUAGUUUCAGCUUGCAAGCUAACACUUUCUACAUUAUCAAAAGUUGAAACAAGUUGAAAAGUUGAAAAAUGAAAAGUUGGAAAAUGUUUAAAAAUAAAAACGUUACGUGAAGCUCCAGACACAGCUAGCGGUCAACCAGCUAAACUCAGCUAACGGUGUUUGAAGGCACAGAAACUGCUGAGUCAUCUGCUAUUGAAGCUAACUGCAGCUAGCAUGGUUUAAACUUUGGUGUAAACUUUACUAUUUUCCCUCAAGUCAUUUGAACCUGUUCCUUGUUUUUCGAAACACAAAACCAAACGAGGAAAUGUUUUGAGACUAGAAACUUCCUGUGAAGCUCCGCCCCCAGCUAGCGUCCGUUAGCUGAGCUAACAGAAAUGAUAAUACACUUGCUGAAUCUCCUUCAGUACAUGAACUGUUUCCACUACAGCUAUUGUUUUUAAAGUUUGUUUUUACAUUAGCUUCUUCAGUCAGUAGCACCUACUGUUCAGUUCAAAACAGAUUCAAGAUUAAAAACAUCCUGUGAAACUCCCGUUGCAGCUAGCAUCUGUUAGCUAAUCUCAGCUAACGGACGACAGCGCGGUAUAUUUUCUAGCGCUGUUAGCUCAGACAUCACAAGCGUUACAUUAGAACGACUGAAGCUUCCUGGUGGUGAAUAAACCGUCUUUGCUCUGGAAACCACGGAAACUGCGUCAGCGCUAACGUCGCUGCCCGUCACCGUCUGCACCGCCUCACCUGUACAUAGACUUUAAACAACAAAACGAAGAAAAAAACGACUCCGUAUGGUCAACGUUUGGUUUGUCUGGUUGUGUUACCUCAUGUAGCCUUUACCCCUAAGCUCCACCCACCAGGCCUGCCCACCACAUUAUUUAUAAACCCACCUAGCAAGAAAGAUCCCUCCCACUCAGACCUGCGAUUUUGUAUAUUUUCCUCCGACCUCUCCAGUCCAUCCAUGUUUUAUUAUUGCUAUGAUUUAUCAUCCAGACACAUAUUGUUCUCAUUGUCAUUGUUAUUCUAAAAAUUAUUAUUAUUAUUGACUUUUGUUGGCUGUACAGUACCGUUGUUGAAAAAUUUUACCUAAUACAGAGUCUUCUACUGUAAUGUGUGUCUCUUUUCAAUAAAGACAAGAAUAAUGCUUCUUAAUAUAAA